AUGGUUUUGCGCACUUUGAUCACGUUGACUUGGCUGCUGGUGAUCUUUGGAGUUGCUUCGGGGAUCCCUUAUGAAACAUACAUUCUCGCACCCAGGUCACGAGAGCUCAAACCAGUAUCGGUAAAAGACGUCCGAGGGACCGUCAAAAACUCAGAAGCUCUGCUUGACGGUAAAAGUGGCACUGCAACCUUUGAGGGCGAUGGCUGGGUGACGCUUGAUUAUGGAAAGAACAUUGGCGGCCUCCUUUCGAUCGACGUCGAAAAGGUCAGCGGCGAAGGUGCUCGUAUUGGAAUCACUUUCUCCGAAUCGCCGGUUUUCAUCAGUGUCAAUUCUAGCGACGGCCAGUCGGACGGCGGUCGCGGCGAAAAGAUUUAUCUUACCGUUACCCCCGAUCACAAGAGAUUCACUCUCCCGGAGGAUCGCAUCCGAGGCGGAUUCCGGUAUGUCAGUCUCUCAACGAGUGCAGGGGAUACAGUCGAGGUCAACGCCGUCACAACCUACUUUACGCCUGUUUCUCACCGAGAUCCUCGAGACUACACUGGAUACUUCCACUCCAGCGAUGAGCUCUUGAAUAGAAUCUGGUACGCUGGAGAAUCGAACUUUGGUGGGCGCACAGCUGAGGGAACGUACACAUGGUCGCUCAACACUACCGUCUGCGAGGGUAUUGCAUGCGUCGUCGAUGGAGCAAAGCGAGACCGAUUGGUUUGGCCGGGAGACCUUGUCGUUCAAGUACAGACUAUGGCAGUCUCGACCUACGACAUGGAGCCUCUUCGGGUUUCACUCGAGUCUCUCUUUUUUGGUCAAGCAGCGAAUGGUAUGCUCCCAUACCUCGGCUGGGACUUCCAGGGGAGGAAGCACGGCUAUGUUUCCUUCACAUACCACCUGCACAAUUUGAAUAGUCUCGCUCACUACGUUCGGUAUUCUGGCGAUAAUGAGUAUCUGGCUGCGAAAUGGCCAGCUUUUGUCAAGGCCAUCAACUGGUCUUUGAGCCACAUCGACUCCACUGGCCUGAUGCUGGUGACUUCAAACAGAGAUUGGCUGAGAGCUGGUAUGGGGGGCCAUAACAUCGAAGCCAACGCGAUUUUGUACUACACGCUCCAACUCGGCAUUCAAUUCGCGCUGCAGUUUAAUGAUACUCAGAUUGCAGGAAAUUGGUCUACGUACGCCCAGACUAUUAAGAAACAGGCCAACACUUUACUCUGGGAUCCACAGUCAAGUUUGUACUUUGACAACGAGACUACGACGCUUCACCCGCAAGAUGGCAACGUCUGGGCGAUCGUUACCCUGCCCCGGAGGCUUUUGGAACAACGAUAUCGCCAUUCAUCAGUGGCCUGGAGUGCGAGGCGAACCUACUUAUUCGAAAUCCCACCAGGGCGCUAG